CUUGAGCUUUACCAAGUUUGAGCGGAUAGUUAAAGUUGGCGUUACUAAAAUGGUUUUUCAAGAAAUAGCUAAAUAUGUCCUACCAGGUUCUCCAGAUUGGUUCUCGUCAAAUGUAUUGGCAACAGCGUCAUGGAAAGAUCUAAAUGAUGAGGGAAAUGUAUUACUAGCCUUUUCGUCUAGGCCGUAUGUACAUAUAUUCAAUAUUAAAAAUGGUCACUCUGGAAAUAAACAUAAAUACUUCUGGUCUUAUGUUGGUCAAAUUCAACCCCAUCACGAAAAGACCUCAGCGAUCACAUUCGAUGAUUGCCUAUCCUUAUGUUUGGUGUCAUGUGGUCUUGAUGGUUUGGUUCGCCGAUGGGAAUAUUCACAGCCAGAUUGGGUGAUUAAAAGCGAGUUUAACGUGCAUGAUGUGCGAGAAAAUUUGAAUCCAACUGCACUGAGUUCUUUUUCUCACACUUCAAACCAGUCGUAUAACUUCAUAGGCACGGACAAAGGGUUACUUAUCGUUUGGAUUGUUGACUGUGAAAAAAAUAAAACACAUUAUUUGUCCAAAAAGUACGAAAACGAGUCUGUAUUAGUCUGUGCAAUAAAUAAGUCGGAAUUUGAGCAUUCAGUCUUAAGGGUUGCCGUAGGAUAUAAAAAGGGACUGGUUGGUGUUUAUAUGUUCAAACCAUCAGAUAUCUCAUCAGCUUCAAGUUUCACACAAAUAGCAAGAUUCUAUGCUCACGAAAAAGAUGUUUGUCAUGUUGUCUGGAAACCGAAUUCUCUGGAUUGUAUUAAAAACUCCAUGGAACUUCUUACAUGUGGACGUGAUCAAAUGGUCAAGGUGUGGAAUGUAUCCACUUCAGAGUGCUGUAUUUCUACUAAGGUUCCUGGCCAGCCGCGUUGUCAUGCAAAUGAUUCUGCGAAACGUUCAAAUCAGAAAAAUAAUGUAAAUGGAGCUCCAUGGAUAUCAGCUUGUUACACCACAGGGAUGAAUAUUUUGUUUUCGGGAUUGCGAGGUGAAUUAUUUCGUUGGAGCUAUUCAGACACACCUAUUAAUAUAACACCUGAAAACCAGGGGCAUUCCAUGCUGAUUUUUUCAAUGUUGUUUAUUCCUAAUUCUCCUGGACUAGUGAUCACAGUCAGUCAAGACAGAGUUCUGAUCGUUUGGCAGUUAGUUGAAGAAUCCCAUCCAUUAGUUGUCUUGCGACUACCAACACUUUCUGCAGGUGUGUUUUCUCUAGCCCAGUCAUCAUUUAGUAAUAGUCCCUUGGUCGCAGGACUUUCAGAUGGCUCUAUGUUGUUUUGGAAAGUUUAUUCACCAAAUACGUAUGGUGGAAACAGUUUCCUUGAAAAUCAAAGAAAAGACAAAUCCAUUUCAAUAUCACCUCGAGGAUCUCAGUCAUCUCCCAUAACUGCUCUAGCUUGGCAUCCCUUACCACAGUAUGAAAACAUCCUUGCGUAUGGAACCGAGUCGGGUUGUGUAGAAAUUGUCGAUAUUAACAAGCUACAGAAAAUACAAAAUCAAAAACCGAAACCGCAGUUGUACGCUUUUGGUUCGACUGUUUAUCGAGUUACUUGGGGACCUAUAUUAUUUGAGGAUUUACGCCACAAAAAAGAACAGAAGGAAACUAAAGAUCAUUUGGAACCUGACGGUUCUGCAGUUCUAACAAGUGCAACUGCGGAGGAAAGUAAAAAGUGCAGUACCGAGUCUGCAGCUGUAGUUAAGUUUCCUUUCUAUGUUUAUAGUGUAAGUAAGGGAAAAAUUUAUUGUCAUUUUGGAGGCAGUCGCCCACCGAUUGAGGUCAGCAUGAAGUUUCCUGCUCCUCCGAAUACCACUGACGAAGAUUGGAAAACUCUAAUUCGCAGUGAUAUAGCAUUCCGCCCCAGUAAUUUAACUAAACAGUCAUCAAGCGAUCCAGUUCCUGAUACCUAUGAUUACUUGAUAGGUGUUGGCUACCGUUCAGGUCAAGUUGACGUUUAUGGUUUAUCAAAUUCAAAAUUAUCGAACAAUUUGUCCUUUAUUUGCCGUAUUGUCAAUCAUUCGAAGUGUGUCAAUUGCUUAGCCUGGUCGAGGGAUUAUUAUUGGCUUGCUAUUGCUUCAAACGAAUCUUUUAUAACUGUUACUGAUCUCAAGAUACAGCUACUUAACACCCUUAACCAAGAGCAUUUAAAACCUGUUCAGCUAUCUACUUGUUUGGUACGAUUGGAAGGCCACUUCAACCGAGUUACGUGUUUAGACUGGUCCCCACACGACCCUUUUCUCUUACUAUCUUCUUCUUUUGAUGGUACAGCUAAUGUUUGGAGAGUCCAUACUGAUAAUAUUGAAAAUGAUAAUCUAUCAAUAUCUAAUUUUCGUGCACACAGGCUACGUCUCUUUACAUGUUUAUGGAGUCGCCAAGAGCCUGAUCUUGCCUUCAGCGGUGGAGAGUUAUGUCAUUUAUUUGGUUGGCGACCUUCCGAACAGACCCAUAGUCAACCGCCCCAUAGUCGCCGACAUAGACCACCAACUAUCAAAAGACUUGUAAAUAAUCAAGAAGAACAGUGUAAUGGUGAUAUUUUGGGUGAAUCUUUUCCGUUAGAAGCAGACUCCUUUCUGAAUUGUGAAGCUUUAAAAGAAAAACCAAAUGAAGAAGUAAUGUUGAAAAAUGAUAAAGUUAUCAGAGCUUCUCACAAAGAACAAUCUGUUCCAUAUCAUAAUUCCUCUAGAAAAAUUAAUUCUGCUGGAACGGCAGAAAAAAGAAAACGACCUGCUCUUUUUCCUAACCUAUUUCAGUUCACUAAUAAUAAGCAGUGUGAGCUGAACUUGUGUCAUUCUCCGCCUUUUGAUAUGGGGACGUUUCUUUCACAGAUUUUAAAUGUUUCUGACUUCAUAACUGAAAAAGGGAAUGAUGAAAAACUGCCAAUUGAUCUACUGAUUCUGUUGCCAGAAGUUAAUGUUACCCGGACUUAUCUUUUGAAACAUUUAAAAAUGGAAGCAGCUCAUCAUUUAAAGUUAUUUCACUGUGGUCAACGACCGAACAGUUUAGUUCAUUUGGAUGCCUACUGCAUCAUACUUUUAUGGAUGGGCUGUAUAUCUAGUAUCCCGUCUGUUAUGUCUACAGAAGGUCACAUGCCUUUUUGGCUGUUAUAUGCAAUUCAACUAGCUCAGUCAACUUUUGCCCACCCUGAAAUCUAUAAUAAGUUAACUUUCUCAAAAGAAAAUCCCGUUGUGGGAAUUGACUUACUUGGUGAAAAGAUUAAAGAUAUGCAAACUUCUAGUCCUGACAUCCUUGUGUCUGUUACGCUUUUGGUAUGUGCACAUCGUGUCCAAGAAGCCGUUGAACUUCUGUUGAGUUAUGAUAGAAUUAAAGAAGCUUUAGUUCUUGCACGUUUACGUUUAGAUCCAUCAAAAUCUUGGAAAUAUGCAGAGAAAUGUAUCACACGACUUAUUGAACGUUCUUGUUCAAACGAAAAGUCGUUCUUUCUUAUUAUAUACAAUAUUGGAAAAAAGGAAUGGAUGAAUGCCACUAACAUAAUUCAUCGUGAGGUUGAAGUUUCCAACUUGCGAACUGGUAAAGAGAUUGAGCAACUUUCAUGGUACUGGAUUGGUAUUAGUCUUUUACUUAAUACACUAUCCUUGGAUUAUUUGUCAAGUGAAUGUCUUCGUUUAGCUUCAAUGUGUAUGACAGUUGGUUUUAAACUGUUUCCUAGUGAACCAGUUUUCCUUGAACGUUGGUUUGAUGCAUUUUCACGCCUUCUAUCGUCUGAGACAACAUCUUGCUCUGGUUUAAUUAGCAGUUUAUUAUUGUUAGAUAUUGGCCAGAUUAUUUCUUUUCUUAUGGCUAAUUAUCAUCAAGACGAAUCUGGUACAACAAUAAUACCAUUUGAAAAUCGUAGUAAUAACUGGAUGAAAUACAUAAAUCCCGAUUGCAUAACUUGUUUGAACCACUUAAUUUCAAGUCGUCAACCGUCUUCAUUAUGGGAAGUUUGUUUAACAAAUUUCUGUAUAGACUUCCUUUUGUUUUACUUAGUGCAUAAUCAUAUUUCUCCAACUACAUCGCCAUCCGAUAAUUCGCUGACAAUCUAUAUUGACCGAUAUGAGUCUAGUCGAAAAUCAUGUGAGCAAAUCAAACCAAAAGAAACAGCUUAUUUAAUCAGUCAUUUAUUUUCAACUUAUCAGCAGGUCUUAGUGAAUAAUUACUCUCUUUCGGCGAAUAAAUUGUGUUUUUCGCCUUCAGAUGAUGUGUAAAAAUGUUCUGUAGUCUAGUAAUUAUAUACCUACCUGAAUAUUUCGUGCACUCAUUUUCGUGAACCUCCACGUUGCAUUUCUAAAAUUUGUAAAAUGUUCAUUAUGUACAGGAUAAAUAACAAUAAAUAUUUUAACAAGA